AUGGCAAAUAAAAUUGGAGAUUCUCGAAACACAGAUCACUUAUUUGGGAACCAUACCAGCGAUGGCCGUAAUGGCCCUGCUUAUGAGAGAGAGAUAAAGUUGGAGAAAUUCAGUCUGAUUUCUGUUGUUUAUGAAUCCAUUUUAAAUGAUUACUCGUUGUCUCAGUUUUUAGGUCUACCCCAUAACCAAAAGUGCAACUUGUAUUUCAAUACGUUAACUAAGAAUAACGUCGAUUGGAAGUUUUUCAAUUACUCAAGUGCAAUCCCUUUAAAUGAUUCCAUUACUCAUUCGGACUAUAGUUAUCAAAAAUCGAUAUACAAUGGACUAUCAAACUACGUUAAUGAGAACUUGAAUGACAGCGAAUCUGAUAACAAGGAAAAAAUCAAACAGCUUGAAUCACAGUAUGACAAAAUAUUGGAUAAUAAUAACAGAAUUGAAAAAAGAAUGGUUGAUUCAAUUAACCACUUGAGAAUAUUUGCCAAUUGUUAUUUAAAUCCAAAUUUCCAAAAUUCGAAACUCAAUAAACCUCAAGCUAGAACUAUCAAGUCUCUAAAUAUUCUAAAUCACAAAGAUGUUCAAUUAUUAUCAACCAAAUCAACCAAAAACAUUCAACCGCAUUUAUUCAAAACCACUGAUUCAACAAAUACAAAUUGUUCAAUAAUUGAAUCAAACUUAUUUCCCUGGUUUUCAAAAAUCUUACCAACUUAUACAAGAUGGACAAAUCAAUCCACACCUAUUAAUCAAUUGCCUAAAAUCGACGAUUACUUGCCAAACAACAAUCUAUUUAAUAUCGAAGAUCAGCUCCGUUUCAAUUACAACUACAAUUUAUCUUCAUUCAACACUUAUGCUUAUUAUGCUCUGAUAAAUUUAGAUCCCUUGGUUGAUAAUUCCUACCAGCAAUCUGAUCUAAACACUCCCAAUACAAAUGAUAUAAAUAUCUUUAACGAAAAUGAUACAAAAAUUUUUAAUGAAAAUGAUAUAUAUACUGCUAAUGAAAGCGAUCAAAAAAAUGAAAAGACUGGCAUCUUGAAUAAUUUAUACAAAAAUGUCUACGACAUGAACUAUUACAGCAAAAUUAAAAUAUUUAAUGACAACACUCACGACAACAAUAACGAUAACAUCAAAAUAAAUAAUAAAUUUGAUUCCUGUAUAAUGAAUCACUUAAAAAACUCCUUAAAUGGCAAGGGCAUUGCAUUAUCUGCUUCGGACGAACAUUUAGAUCAAAUUAUCAGUUUAAUAGUUCUAUUAAGAACUUUAGACAACAAUUUACCUAUCCAAAUUGUUCACAAAGGUGAUUUGUCUCAGCAAAGUAUAACCAAAAUUAUUAAAAUCUCAAGAGAUUUAUCAAAUACAUAUUUAAUAUCCAAAAAAAAUUUAUCAACUUAUAACUCCCUAAUAAAUUAUUUGAAAAAUUUACUACUUGAAAUUCAAAAUAAUGAUGAAACCCCUCAACAAGAAAAAAACAACCUAUAUAAUUUACUUUUAAAAUCAGUUCAAAGAUUUAAUGUUAAAACGAUUCUACCUCCUCAAGAGGUUUGGUUUGUUGAUGUUUCAAAUUCAAUUGAUCCCAACUAUAAAGGCUACUAUAAAAAAUUUUCUAACAAAAUGCUAGCUUAUUUUUUCUCGUCAUUUAAACAUGUCUUAUUGAUGGACGUCGAUACUGUCCCAUUAAUCAAUCCAAUUUUCUUCUUUAACCAUAAAUAUUACUCAAAUAGUUUUAAAAACAAUCAAGCCUUUUUUUUCAAAGAUAGAGAAACUGAAGAUAAACAUGAUAUAUCCGACUCAUUUUUUUACAAAAAACUAAUGCCCAACAAAAUAGACCAGCUUUUAUUUGAUAUUCCACCAGUGUCAAAUUUUACAUUAAAUAACCAUUUUUUACACGAUGAUAAAAAUUGGCAUUUUUUCAUGGAAGCCGGAAUAGUCUCAAUUAAUAAAAAAAAACAUUUUUUGGGAGCAUUAGCUUCAAUGCAAUUAUUAUUCUGGGAACCUGCUUAUGUAAGAGCUCAUGGCGAUAAAGAAUUAUAUUGGUUAGGUUUAUCAAUAGCUGGCGAUGAAAGUUAUAAUUUUAAUAAUAAAGCUGCAGGAGGUGUUGGUUCACUAGAUAUGAAUUUUAAAAGCGCCAACUCCAAAAAACUAUGUUCAAUUCAUCCUGCUCAUGUUUGGGGAGGUUUUAGUAAUAGUUUUAAUAAUUUUAAUAGUGAGCAGCAUUAUGAUGAUCAUGAUGAUUAUGAAAAUGAGAUUUAUUACAAUGCAAUUAAUGAUAAUCUUUAUGAUAAUUACAAUGACAUUGAAGAAAAUAGAUUAUUAUGGGUUAAUUCUGGGUUUCAAAAUUGUAAAAAAGAUGGAGCAUGGGAAAAAGAUAUUGAAAAAGAUGAGUUUAAAGAUAAUUUUAAAGAUUCUAAUGAAUUGAAGAAAUUUUAUUUUAAUUCAAUUAAAAUUGAGAAUUUAAUUAUACCACCUAGCCCAGAUGAGUAUCUUCAAGUAAGAAAAUCUCAAAAGUUUCAAGAUAAUAAAAUUGAAAACGAGCCAAAUAAGGGAUGGGUCAAAAGUGAUACUUGCGAUAGUUAUGUUUGGUGCACAUUUGAUAAGGUUGAUGGAAUCAGCGAAGGUAUUAGUAUUGAGUUUGACAAUUUAUCAAGGCUUUAUUUUAAUUUUUUGGGAGAAAUAUGGCAGUGUGGUAAGGAUUUUGCAAUUGAGAAGUUUUUGAAUGAUAGCUAA